UCUCUAGGACAAAGAAAUUGAACUCUUAGAUGUUAUACAAUCUCGAUUAACGACAUGGAUGUUUUUAAUCUCACAACUGUCCUUCUCACCUCUUUUUAAUGAAAAAUUCUCUAGUAUUGUUGUACUAUUGACAAAAUAUCGGAAAAAAUGUUAUUUGAUUUUAUCACGCCAGAUGUCUAAGUAACCCUCCUUGGCACACACGCUCGCACAUACCCACUCCUACUCUCCCUUUCUAAAUUUACUUUUUUUUAAUACUACACGAGCAUUUAACAAUUAUGUCAUCUUGUAAUUAAUUAUUUAAUUAGCCUUUAAUUGAAUAAUUUAACAGAUAUUUCGAGAGAAUAGAAUGCACCGACAAGGCAUUGUUAUUUAAAAAUGCCCUACUUAAUUAAAGAAAAAUAAUCUAACUGGGUUAUGUAUCAAUUGACAUCUAAACUACUAAAUAAUAGGCUGUUGUGACAGUUUACGCUGUAAAGGCUUCGGUUAAGUUGUUGCCGAUUUAUCAACAUCGCUAUCUAUUGUUCGUUAAAAUUUAUGUUGGCUAUUUGAAUACGCUCGAUAUUCGGUGUACUCUGAAACAAAAAUGAUAAAAAAAGAAGAGGACUUUAAACCAAACAGAAAAGAAAGAGAAAAGUGGGAAAUACUUGUUAUUAAAAGAAUUUUAGAACAGAUAGGGUUGGUUUUGUUAUCGACUUCAAAAGAAUCGUUUGCCCUUAUUGGAUCCUUUAGAGUCUUGUUGUUAAUUCCAUUUGUCAAUAGAAUUUUCUUAUAAACCCUAGUAAAUAAUUACUAUCCUUUGAAAAUCAAAUUUUUAAGGGUUAAGCUAACUAAUAAUGUCUAAUUAAAAUAUUUAGGAAUGUUAAGCUGACAAAUAUUAAGAUAAAAUUAUAUGAGCCUAGUUCUUAAGACUAACUCUUAAGAGUUAUACCACUAAAUAGGAUUAUCUUUUAAUGUAACGGAUGUUAGAGUGCUUUCCACUUAAUUAAAAAUAUCUCUUGUCUUAAAUGCUCUAGAAACCCUAAUGGAAGGAAGAAUAAAGGUUUCAACAAAGAAGAAAAGUGACUUUCGCGCCAGGUCAGUGGCGUUCUGGAACGAGUUUCAUCUAUCUAAUGCGAAAGGGGUUUCUUGCCCUAAAGUUACAAGUACUAAAGUUAUGGAAGCCAAUCAAAGUUUUCCAAUUACGUUUGUGCUUUUGGGAAUUGCUCUUAUUCUGAUCAUUACAAUUGCCUUUCUGCUAGUAUACAUGUAUAGAAGAAAUAAGCAAGAUGUGAAAAAAGAAGGAUGUCGGAGAGCAAGAGUUCCAAUAUUCGAGGAGCCGUUUAGUAGAUACGUCGAUGAAGAAGGAUAUUUGACAAACGAAUUUUCUAAUCUAUAA